GCGAGGAUCACGGUCACUGAUGAUGUUCUCGGGGAGGCCGUGAUGGCGAGCAACAUGGUCGAAGAAGAGUGUGGCAACGUCUUUGGCACUGUGCGAGGUCGUGCAAGGGAUGAAGUGGGCACGUUUGGUCAAGCGGGAGACAAUGACGUAGAUGCAAUCAUGCCCGCGGUCGGUCUUGGGGAGGCCGCACACGAAGUCCAUGGAGAUGGACUGCCACCGGUGAGUUGGGAGGGCAAUGAUUGGAGCUUGCCGGGUUUGGCCCGGUUCGAGGGGUUACAGCUUGACACGUGGGGCACGAGCGAAUGAAGUGAUGGAGGUGGUGUCUUCGGGGGUGAUGUGGUGGAAAAAGCGGGUGCGGGAGGUGCCGGGGGGGGUCUGGUGGUGGGGGUGGAGGAGUCGGAGCAUGCGAGAGAGGAGGUCAGCAAGGGGCGUGUCGGGUUCGUGGGCGAGGGCGGUUGCAAGGUCUUUGUGGCAUACUCGUUUGAUGCGGGAGAUGAAUGCACAGUCGGGAAUGACGAUGUGGGGGAGGUGGUGUCGGAGGGAGCGGACGUAUUGGACGAAGCGGUCCGUGGGACCGGUCUGGCGGAGGUGGCAGAAUUGUUCAAGGUAGUCGUCAAUGGUUUUCUGGGGGCGGAAGGUGGCAGUGAGGAGGGUGGCCCAUUGGAGGAAGGUGGGGCGUGGUCCUCCGGAGGCUCGGCGGUUGCUAGCUUCAACCAUCCACCAUUUGGCUGCAUUGCCGAGGAGGCGGGAGGUGGCAAUGGGGAGCCAGUGGGCAAGGGGUAUGUGGUGGAGCUGAAAAGAGUUCUGAAGCUGGGUUAGGAAGAGGAAAACGUCCUCGUGGGGGAGGCCGAAGAAGGACAUGAUUUCACCAGAUCGGAAGGAACGGGGGAUUUCCCCGUCG